AUGUUAUCAUGCCUGGCCUUCUACCCAUCACUGGGAUACAAUUUAGCUAGAAAUUAUUUUCAACCUAAAAAAUGGGCUUGGUAUAAUCGAGUUGAUGAAACAUUAAUUGUGGGAGCCAUGCCUUUUCAGUCAAUGGCAUCAGAGUUAGUAGAGAAAGAAAAUGUUGGAGGAGUUGUUUGUUGUACAGAGAAUUUUGAAUUGAAAGCUGCUUAUCAAUCAAUGGCAGCGGAGGAAUGGAAAUCAUUAGGUGUUGACUUUCAUGGAGUUCCAAUGACUGAUUUCUUUGGAUCAGCUGGUCGUGCUGACAUCGAUGAUGCCGUUUGUUUCAUGGAAAGUGUUGUUGGAAAGGGAAAAACUGUAUAUGUUCACUGCAAAGCAGGCAGAACACGUAGUGCAACAGUAGCAACUUGCUACUUGAUGAAAAGACGAAACUGGCUUCCAAACGUGGCUUUUGAGUUUUUGAGAAACCAACGUCCUCAGGUACUGCUAAGGAAUGCUCACUGGAGGACGGUGAAUGAGUAUAGGCGGUUUUUGGAUCGAAACACCAACAUCACCCAAUAA